AUUAAGCACCGGAUUUGGAAGUCAGAAGGUGACCCAAGUUGUUAGUUUUCAGGUGGUGUUGCUGUUGCACGCCUCCGGCAUGCACCUGGAGCUGCUGGAAAAACCCAUGAGAUGAUUUACAAAUCGGAGUGCAGGCAGCUCACCAUGAUCCAACCUACCCCCAGCUCCAAGUUACCAGUCACCACGCUAUAAAACCUGCACCGCUCACGCGUCUCCCACUCACCACCUCGCCGGCAAGAACAGCACCCACGGAGCUAAGAACAGACCGAGCCAUGGAGCAGAGCAUGCCGUCCGUCUUCCUCGGCGUCCUCGUCCUCCUGGCCUGCGCCGGGUGGGGGCACGGCGUGCGUGUCCUCCACGACAACGACGUCGACGCCGAGGGGUACGCCCAGGAGUUCGCCUUCGGCUCCAUGGCCGCCGCGGAGACCGCGCCGCAGGACGCGUCCUUGGACGACUACGAGGACGAGAUCAGCCGGGUGGAGUUCGAGCCGGGGCGCGGCGCGUCCUACGACGCCACGGUCGCCGCAGCCGCGCCCAGGCCUGCCCCGGGACCGGCGACGGCGGGGAGGGACGAUGUGAGUUCCGGCACCAGCAGCAUGAAGUGGUGGCUGCCGCCGUCGACGAUGCCGUCGUUCCCGCUGUUCCCGAACCCCGGCGGCAUGCCCGGGAUGCCGAUUCCUGCCAUGCCCGUGCCUUUGCCCGCCCUCCCCGGGAUGCCCGCCAUGCCCAUGCCGGGGGGCAUGCCAGGCGGCGGCAUGCCUAUGCCUAUGCCAGGAGGCAUCCCCGGCGGCGGCAUGCCUAUGCCUAUGCCGGGAGGCAUCCCAGGCGGCGGCAUGCCGUUCAGCUUCAAACCGGAGGGAUGGGGCGGGGGCGCCGGCGCGGUGCCAUCGCCGCCCAGCCGUGCGCAGCCGACGCCUCCUGCCGCCAGCGCGAGCGACGGCGCCAACGACAGCGGCGGCGACAACCCGAACCCCAACGGGGCCAUCCACUGACAAGGAAGGAAGGAGAAAAAUAGUGGCAUCAAUCACCUGACCUGGGUGCCAUGGCCAAGAGUAUAAGCCCAGAAUCUUUUCACCAGUAGUAGUAGCUACUAGCACCUGCACUGCUACAGUGCCAUUGCUCUGAAAAAUGCUCCAGACAGAAGCAGCAAAAUUCAAAAUGAUGAACAAUUCGUAUGUAUUUUGACACGUGAGCUACACAAAAGAAUGAAAAGUUUUAGUGUGUUUGUUCAUCAACUUCUAAAAACCCUACAAGGUCAACUCCCUACAUUGCCAUUGCUCAUCUCAGUCCGGAUGUAGUUCAUACUAAAAUGCCCAAAACAUCUUAUAUUUAUGAACGAAGGGAGUACUACAUUGACACGUGAGCUACACAAAAAUGAUAAAUUGGUGAUUUUGAAAGAGUGAACAAUGUGUUUACUGUUUAUACUAUAUAAAACAAAUGAUUUUCACUUUUUUU